CUGGUGGCCAAUCAAAACUCUAAAAGUCUACAUCAAUUUUUAGUCAUAUAAAAAUCUACUAGAAAACCAAUAAACUUUAUCAUAAGAUUCAGUAUGAACUAUUAAUGUGUAUACUACUCCAAAAGUUGUCUAUUUGAAAAGAUGAAUUCAAUUGAGAUGAAGAUUAGAGGAGAGCUCGAAAGGGAUGUUGAGAGGGAUUUAGAGGAUGAAAUUAAAGAAGGAAUUUGCCAAUUAGCACUAAGAUUACAUAGGCUUUACAAACAUCAAGAGGAAAAUAACACAAAGAAAUCAUUAUCAAUUGAUGAUCAUGGUACAAGAGAUAUUACGCGAGGUACGACUACUAAAGCUCUCUCUGAAGUGAAUAUAAAUAUAAAGAUGGAAGGAGGGACUAAGAUUGAAAUAAAAGAAACCAAGAAAGAAGCACAUCGUCCGAGAUCUAAUAAGGUGUCGAGUAACAUGGAGGGAAUGGUUAGUACACGUCUACCAAAAUUUGACUGGACACAAAGUUUAAGGUCUGGACAAACUCCCAUUACUGGUUAUGAUAAGAUCGAUACUUCCAGAAAGCAGAUUAAAAAUAUUAGCAGUAAGAAUGGUCAACAAAAUGUUAAAGUCAUCAAAAGUGUGGGGGGAAAAUCUACUAGAGGUUUGAAGUAGAGGGAAAGAGACUUUAAAAUUUGGAAGUCAAUAACAUAAUGUUUAAGUAUUGUUGUUUUGGAUUAUUUGUUUGACCUAACUUUGGGAUAUUGUUCUUGUUUGAUUUAGUAGGGUUACUAUUAUGUUGUGUGAUAUAAUAAGCCUCAAGGAAUAGCAUUGACAAUGAUACAUAUGUUGUUUAUUUUUAUGGGAUUUGAGGAUUUAAGUACUAAUAGGUCUCGAAUAGUACUUAAUUAUUCAUCAUAGUUAUAGUUGUUAUAAUUAUCAUUCACGACUAAUAUUAUACAUUUAAUAUGUGGUUUGACUUGA